UUGUUGGGUGAAAAUUAAUGAACCAUUACUUUUCAAUAUUAUUAUUUUUAUUAUUGUUUGAGGGAGUUUGACCAAACAACAGUGACUUCCACUUCAAGCUCCCCCUUGUUUGUGCUAACCAUUGAACUUGUUUUCAUUAUUAAGACUAUACAAAGUUGCAACUUGUUGAACUAGAUUCAUACUCUAAAACCCAAAAAUAUCAGCCAUAUUCAAUGCAUGACUCAUUUCAGGUCAAAACCAAAUUAAGGUUGUUCCUUAGUGCAAAAUCUUCUGGGGAAUCCAACUUCUCCUUGCAAGCAAGAAUUCCCAUAAAAUUGUUAUUUUAGUACUGAGAUGGUUUCUCUUUCACUGACUGAUCACAAACUCAGAGGUAAAUCAUGUUAUGGUACUCUAUGGUAUGGAAAUUCAAUAGUCACCCAUCUUGUGAAUGCAACCUCCGGGAUAUAGUUUUCAGUGGAAUUUGAUGAGUAUGGAGAGAAUGAUAUCAUAUUAUUUGUUCACUACAUAUGUUAUUGUGGGUGCUUUCUUGGUUGGUACAUUGGAAGGGCUUAACACUGAAGGUCAAUACCUCCUACAAAUAAGAGAUAGUCUUGUUGACAAUUUUAAUAAUCUGGGUAAUUGGAAUUCUAGCGAUUCAACUCCUUGUGGAUGGAUUGGUGUGAAUUGCACCCAAGGUUCCAAUCCGGUGGUGUACUCUCUUGAUUUGCAGUCCAAGAAUCUAUCUGGAUAUUUGUCUCCAGCCAUUGGCAAAUUGGCUCACUUGACUUAUCUUGAUGUUUCUUUUAAUGAUUUGACUCGGAAAAUACCUAAAGAGAUUGGAAAUUGUUCAGGUUUGGAGUUUCUUCUCCUGAACAACAAUAAAUUUGAAGACCAAAUUCCUAAGGAAAUUGGUAGACUUUCUUGUUUACAGAGCUUGAAUUUGUGCGACAAUAAAAUAUCUGGACCUUUUCCAACGGAGAUUGGAAACCUUUCUUCCUUGACAAAAUUGAUUGCAUACUCCAAUAACAUCAGUGGAUCAUUGCCAGCAUCUCUUGAAAACAUUAAAACAUUGAAAGUUUUUCGAGCUGGGCAGAAUUUGAUAUCAGGAAGCUUGCCUCCAGAGAUAAGUGGAUGUCAGGGCUUAGAGUAUCUUGGUCUUGCUGAAAACCGGCUUUCUGGUGAGAUACCAAAAGAGAUUGGAAUGCUUAAGAAUUUGUCAUAUUUGAACCUAGUGGCCAAUUUGCUUUCUGGUACCAUUCCACCUGAGCUUGGCAACUGCACAAGUCUAACGACUCUGGCUCUCUAUAAGAACAAUCUUGAAGGACCAAUUCCUAUUGAGCUUGGGAACCUUAUGGCUCUUGAAAAUUUAUACCUGUAUAGAAAUAUUUUGAAUGGAACAAUCCCAAGAGAGAUUGGAAAUCUUUCUCGAGCAGUGGAGAUCGAUUUUUCAGAGAACUCUUUGAUAGGACAGAUACCAACUGAGCUAACUAAGAUAACAGGGUUGCAAUUGCUUUAUCUCUUUUCAAACAACUUUACUGGCGUUAUCCCAGAUGAGUUGACCAGCUUGAAAAAUUUGAGUAAGCUUGAUCUGUCAAUUAACUAUUUCAACGGUUCCAUUCCUAUUGGAUUUCAAUAUCUGACUAAUUUGAGUAAGUUUCAACUCUUCAGUAACUCACUGGAGGGUAGCAUUCCUCAAGGACUUGGAGUUUAUAGCUCAAUUUGGUUGAUCGAUUUAUCAGAGAACUCUCUAUCAGGAAGAAUUCCACGUCAUCUUUGCCAAAAUUCUAAUUUGAAUUUCUUAAACUUGGGAUCCAACCAGCUCACAGGAAACAUCCCAACUGGGAUCUUAAACUGCAAAACAUUGGUGCAACUUCGUCUUGUCGGAAACAAACUUAGAGGGAGUUUUCCAUUAAGUCUGUGCAAGUUGGUAAAUCUCUCCGCAGUUGAGUUGGAUCAGAACGAGUUCAGUGGCCCUAUUCCUCCAGAAAUUGGUACCUGCGGAAGAUUGCAAAGGCUUCAUCUUUCAUACAACCGCUUCACAUCAGAGUUGCCAAGAGAAAUUAGUAACCUCUCCUUGUUGGUUACAUUCAAUGUCUCUUCAAAUUUUCUUUUUGGAAAGAUUCCACCUGAGAUUUUCAGCUGCAAGGAGCUUGAAAGACUUGAUCUCAGUCACAACAACUUUGUGGAUGCUUUGCCAGAUGAGGUAGGAACACUUUCCCAAUUGGAGCUUCUCAAACUUUCAGAGAACAACCUUUCUGGUACUAUACCUGUGUCACUAGGCAAGCUAUUGCGUUUAACUGAGCUACAAAUGGGUGGUAACUCAUUUUCUGGUAGCAUACCGGCUGAAUUGGGAACUCUUUCGAGCUUGCAGAUUGCAUUGAACCUCAGUUAUAACAAUCUCUCUGGAGAGAUUCCCUAUGAGCUUGGAAGUCUUGAUUUGUUGGAGUUCCUUCUGCUCAACAACAACAAUUUGAGUGGUGAAAUUCCAGAUUCUUUGCUGAAUCUUUCGAGCUUACUUGGCUGCAACUUUUCAUUCAAUGAGCUCUCAGGAUCUAUACCUCCCUUUAUACAAAUUCAGAAAAUGGAUAGCAGAAGCUUUAUGGGAAACAAAGGACUUUGUGGUGCUCCUCUUAAGCCUUGCAAUGGAGCACCACCACCUUUUUUACCUCAAGAUAAAGAAGGGAACAGAAACCGUUUAGGAAAAAUUGUGGCUAUAAGUUCAGCAGCCAUUGGUGGGGUUUCUCUCAUUCUUAUCAUAGUCAUCAUAUAUUUCAUGGCACGUCCGAUUGACACGGUUGCUCCUAAGCAAGAUAAACCAUUCUCUUCUCCUGUUUCUGACAGCUACUUCUUUCCAAAAGAAGGAUUUAGUUUCCAGGACUUGGUUGCAGCGACAGACAACUUUGAUGAAAGCUUUGCAAUUGGAAAGGGCGCCUGUGGAACUGUGUAUAGAGCUGUCUUGCCUAGAGGUCUUAUAAUUGCUGUUAAGAAGCUAGCAUCAGACAGAGAGGGCAACAAUGUGGAUAAUAGCUUUCAUGCUGAAAUUUUGACACUCGGGAAAAUUAGGCAUCGGAAUAUUGUAAAGCUAUAUGGUUUCUGCUACCACCUGGGUGCCAAACUCUUGCUCUAUGAGUACAUGGCAAAGGGGAGUUUGGGAGAGUUACUUCAUGGACCAUCCUGUAGUCUUGAUUGGCAAACAAGGUUCAUCAUUGCACUUGGAGCUGCUGAGGGCCUUUCUUAUUUGCAUCAUGAUUGCAAGCCUAGGAUUUUUCACCGUGACAUAAAGUCCAAUAACAUUUUGCUUGAUGAUAAGUUUGAAGCUCAUGUUGGGGAUUUUGGGUUGGCAAAGGUGAUCGACUUGCCACAUUCUAAAUCAAUGUCUGCAGUUGCUGGUUCUUAUGGCUACAUUGCUCCUGAGUACGCAUACACCAUGAAAGUUACAGAGAAAUGUGACAUCUACAGCUAUGGAGUUGUCCUACUUGAGCUGCUGACAGGAAGAACGCCCGUACAACCUCUUGACCAAGGUGGUGAUCUUGUAACAUGGGUGAGAAAUUACAUUCACAAUCAUUCAUUGUCACCUGGAGUCCUUGAUGCUCGAUUAGACCUACAAGAUGAGUGUAGUGUCUCUCACAUGAUUACUGUCCUAAAAAUUGCUUUGCUAUGCACAAGUAUGUCUCCUUUUGAUCGCCCCACAAUGAGGGAAGUUGUUUUGAUGCUUACGGAGUCCAAUAAGCAGAAAGGAGUAGGACGAAAUACAUAUUGCUCCCCAAGUCAUGAUGCUAAUUGGGACGAUGAACCUUGAUUAUACACAAGUACGACGUAGUUAUUUUGUUCAGCCCAGAUGAUAUCUAGUGGUUGAUUUAUCCUUAGUAUUAUUUACAAAAGUAGUAAAAGGCUUCUCUGUAGAUGAGUAUAUCAGUAUAUCCCUUGCAUGAUAUUGUUAUGUAUAUCUAAUUUCUGCUUGUUUGGCUGAUUGGCAACAAUUCUAAGGGUUUGUCUUCAGAAAAAGAUACAUGAAUAAUGAGAUGUUGUACCUGCUUAUAAAAAUAAAAGCAACAUUGUAUCA